GUGACAGUGCUGGGGACUCCUGCAGAGGAGGAUGGAGGAGGGAAAAUAGAUCUGCUGAACGAGGGAGGCUUUGAUACUAUGGACGUGGUGUUCAUGGCCCACCCCCUGCAGGAUGACGCUCCGUAUCUCCCGCUAGUGGCUGAACAUGAUGUAACUAUAAAGUAUCACGGUAAGGCGUCUCAUGCCUCAGCCUACCCCUGGGAGGGAAUCAAUGCGUUGGAUGCAGCAGUGCUCUGCUACAACAACCUGUCUGCACUCAGACAGCAGAUGAAACCAGACUGGAGAGUUCAUGGAAUCAUAAAGCACGGAGGAGUGAAACCAAACAUCAUCCCUGCCUACACGGAACUGGAGUACUAUCUGAGAACCCCGUCAAGAGCUGAGCUUUCUGUCCUGAAGGAAAAAGCUGAGAGGUGCUUUCGAUCAGCUGCUGUGGCAACUGGCUGUGAGGUUGAAGUGGAAUACGCAAAAAACGCCUUUGACAACAUUUUGCGUAACAGAACACUUGAAGAUCUGUACGAGAUCAAUGGAAAGUCUCUGGGGAUGGAAUUCACCACAGAUGAAGAAGUCCUUAAAAAUGCUUCUGGCUCCACAGACUUCGGCAACGUGACAUUUGUAGUUCCUGGCAUCCAUCCAUACUUCUACAUCGGCUCAAAGGCUCUGAAUCACACAGAGGAAUACACUGUGGCCUCGGGUGAUGAUAAAGCUCAGUUCUUCACCCUGAGGACAGCAAAGGCUCUGGCCAUGACGGCUCUAGAUGUGUUGCUGCGUCCAGAGCUGCUGCAGAAGGUGAAGCAGGAGUUCACUGAGGCAAAACUGAAGGAGGAGCAGAAUGCAAAGCAGCCUGCAAAACAGUGUUAAGGCAGGCGGAGGAGCUGCUGCUCCACUGAGUGUCAGUCAGACUCAGGGACACUUCUGCAGCAUCCAGGGAUGCGCAACACAAUCUUGCAUUUGAAUGGUUGUCUUAUCAUGUUUAGAUUGAUCCAAAGCAAAGCAAUUUUAUUCAGAGGUUGAUUGAAUUGUUAUCUAGAAAAUGUGGUAAUGUAAUUUUUGGCUUUUUGUUGCUUGCACAUCAAACCUUGAAUUAGAGAAUUAGCAAAAGCCAAAUUAGAAACUCAUAACAACAGGAAUCCUGUUCAUAUCUGAAGUGAAAAAUAUGAUGAAAUUGCAAUUCUGAUUCAAUGCACUUUUUGUCAAACUUAGUGAAUAUAGCUUCUCACAGUACACUAGCUCUUUAUUGUCUAAAAAGAAAUCAGGUGUUGGUGGGAAAAAAAAAGUGUCUCGAACUCAUCCACACAAUACUAUAUCAGAAUCUUCUGUGCAUGUUUGUGCACAUUUGUUGUCACAAAGAAUCACAGAUCACAAAUUUUCUGUCCAAAAAAAACUACACAAAAAAAACUUUGACUCUUAAAUGAAUAGUCGUUUUCAAACGCCAUUACCUUACUUACUCGCACUUCUACAAGACAGAUUCAGCCAUAUGGUAAAAUCCUAUCAAAUGUAUUAUCCAUUUUGAAUUUCUACAUGAACUGAUUUAAUGUCACUUCAGACCACAUUUCUACUGUCUUCUCUUGCACACAGCCACUGUCGCUUCUCAUUGAGUGACACCUGCCAAAACUCAAAUCAAUCAGCUCAGUGGUCAAUGAUCAGUCGUAUGCUUCAUUAGUACUAUUAUUGCAGCCUGGCUAUUGUAGGUCAUGGUGCUCUCAAGAAAGAAAAUGCUGAUCUGAAUGAAUGUAACUCAGCUGCAGCUCCAUCAUAUGCUGUGACAAUAAGCCAGACACACUUCUGCAUUUGUGUGUUUGCGCUUAUUCACUGAGACGACACUGUCACCAUCAGGUAAAACUGAUAAUCACAACAUUGCCUUAUAUCAUUUUUCUAUUCAGCAUACUGAUAGCUUAAAAAAAAAAAAGUUUUUUUUUUUUUUACAAUGAUAGCGAACAUUUCAAAAUAAAAUUGUUGCAAACCAAAUAAGGUGAAAAAUUGCAGGGAGUUGAGUGCAAAAUUAAAAAAGUUACUGCACUGCAUGGGGUGACAAAAGAGACAAACACAGUAGAAGAAAUGGAGAAGUUUUCCCUCUUCAAAGUUUGCACUGCGCUCACACUGCUGCAGCAAUAAGACAACACCAUCUGGCUUUAAAAUGUUGAUGUUUCACAUGUUAAUACUUGACAUGCUCUCUAAUGUGAACGUUUAAUAUAGCAUGAUUUCAUUAAUGCUUGCAAGUUAAGCAAAAAUAUAUCCUACAUAUCUUUACUAACAUUAAUAUUCUUGAUUUUAGAAUCACUGAAUGCCUAUAAACUACACCCCAAUUGUCUUCUUUUUUUUUUUUUUUUUUUGAUUGGGAUGACUGUUCAGGAAAAUCUGCUGAAAAUGUUUACAGAGAUGUGUCUUUAUAUGCACUGUGCCUAUUAAAUAACCCAAUAAAUAAAUAGAAUGAAACAAAA